AUUGAGGCAUAUCUAAAAAAGCCAACAGACAUCUGUGAUAGGUCUACAGAGGUCAAUUAAGGUGUCGUUCACUUGUUCUUGAAUGGGUACAUGAAAGACUUGCUGUUGGAAUCUCGGAGAGUAGUAGCGGGUGUCCCAAACCAAGGUUGAUUUCUAUUUUAAAGAUGGGUUCGGAUGUGUCGACUGAGGCAGAGCCUUCCAAUAAAACAUUCACAGGAAAAAGAGAUCCAGGCCAAAGGAAUUCACAUCGAGUUCUUGUCGAGAAGAAUAGUUUAAGAUUUAAGAGAAGACUCAGUCUUUUAGAGAAGAAAUACGAGCUCGAUGCAUCAACUACAACCAGUCAGCCCACAAAGUCCACCAACAGCUUUCACCUUGGUGCCUUAACAAGUAUUUCUGAAGACGAUGAUGUUUAUUUUCCCUAUGAAAACCUCGUGCUGGAAGGCGGCGGAAGCCAGGGAAAUGCUUACACUGGCGCCAUUAUGGAAAUGGAACGACUCAAUGUUUUGGAUAAGAUACGACGUUUCGCUGGUUCCAGCAUAGGAUCUGUGACGGCGUGUUACCUUGCUCUGGGCUACGGGUCUAGCAAAUUGCUGUCUAUAGUGAACGAUGGUCCUCAUUUCGAAGAUCUCUUAGAUGCAACUUGUGGAAAAUUAAGCCUGUUACCGAACCUGUAUCGUUACAUGGGCUGGCAUCCAGGGAGGUAUUUCUACUCGGUGAUUGGUGAGGACAUUGCUGAAAAGCUCGGAGACAAAAAUGCCACAUUUAAGGACCUUUACGAUCAGAAUGGGAAAGAAUUAUGUGUAGUGGUGACCAAUCUAAGUACAAUGAUGGAGGAGUACUGCCACGUCAAGACUACUCCGAACAUGCCCAUAAGAUCAGCUUUAAGAAUGUCAAUAUCUGCUCCAUUUGUAUUCGUCCCUGUCAUGCGGCAGCAUAUGGGCCGGACCGAUCUCUACAUCGACGGUGGUGUUUUGUGUAACUAUCCAGUUCAUUGUUUCGAUGGAUGGUGGCUUUCUAUGAAACCUGAAGACUCUCUCUUGAAGAGAAUGCAACCCCUGGAGGAUGCAGCCAAGCUUCUCACCAAGAAAGAGAGAUUCGGAAUGUUCAACAACAAAACAUUGGGAAUGAUUAUAUACAGUGAUUAUGAUUCCCACGUACUUGCGACCAAUCCCGACUUAGAAGCACCAGUAGCACCUAUACCAGACACAAAACUUGCCAGAGCACACCAACAUCUAAAAAUGAAGAAAGAAUUGAAUUGUAAACAUCAUCGUCUCGUGACAGACGCAAUGACGAGAUUUCUCAAAGUUCUGGAUCAAAACUGUUUGGAAGGUACAACAAUUAAUAAGAACGAAUUCCUUCAAGCCUUCAAAAAUAAUGAGGAGUUCACAUCGGACCACGCGAGUAUUCUCUUCGGUGAAGACCUCACUGUCCAAGAAAUAUUCACCAGUAUUGAUGCCAAUUCUGAUGGGGAGAUCGAUUUCAACGAGCUUAUGUCUUUAGCUGAGCAGGAAGGCGUAGGAAUCCAAACCCAUCACAUUGGAACAGGACAUCAAGAGCUCACGAACACGACUGAGUAUCUCGCUGGUAUAUUCAAAAUGCUUCUCAUGAAUGUAAAAAGAGCUUUCCUAGAGGGCAAUGAUAUUGAAAGAACGGUUCUUAUUAAUACCGUGUAUGUCAAAUCCUUAGACUUCAGCCCAGAGAAGGAAGACCUGGACUUUUUAGUAGAGCAAGGGCGUCGUGGACUCCAGACAUUUCUCAGGUAUCAGAAGAACAAAGGAACAAGGCUGUGAGGGGAAAUAUUCAAGAAUCAUCAUAAAUUGUACACUGUCCAAACAAUUAUCCCCCCAAAAGUCUGACGUGGAGGCCUGCAGACGUUCCUCAUGUGCAAAAGAAACAAAGCUGGGAGGGAAUAAUUUGAUAAGUUAUCAUCAUGCAAUACAAAAAGUUUGAGUUUGAUAUCUCAUUUUGUGUAACCAAGCCAUUUACCCACAAUGAAACCUUACUUUCAGAGUCAUAGCUACAUGAAUAAAGAGAGAUGGUAUAAUCAUGGAGAUAUAGCUCCAUGGACAAUACUAUGAAUAAAUUGUUAGGAGUUUAAACAGUGCGAAGUGGAUUGAAAAGUAAGGGUAGAAGAAGGAGGAGGGGGGGGAGAAGAUGAAGAAAAAAGAAAAAGAAGAAGAAUUGGAAGGAGGAGGAGAAUUAGGAGGAGAAGAAGAAGAAAAGGAAGAAAAAAAGAUGAAGAAUGAGAAGAAUUAGGAGGAGGAAGAGAAGAAAAGGAGAUAUGGGAAAGAGAAGAGAAAGAAGAAUAUAAAGAAUAAGAACAAGAAGAUAAAGAAAAUAGGGAAAACAAAACAAGAAAAAGAAAAAAGGAAAAAAUGAGAAAAGAAAGUAAGAGGAGGAUGAGAGGAACAGGAUAAGACAUUAAUAUUUAAGAAGUAAUCAGUUAAAAUCUUUGACCAAUGUGACAUUUUUACAAAUUCUAAUCUCGUACUGCUAUUAUAGUGUCGAUUUUUAUGUGUUUGUACUUGCGGCCUUAUCCGUCCAAUAACGCCGGAUUUUUUUCCACAUCGAAAAUAAGUCUUUUUUAGGAUAUAACCUGCCGUUGCAGGUUUAAAACGAACAUGAUCAUUGUUUCGAGUGUGUCAGGCUCUGCGUUGUCUUUGCAAUAAUUAUAGUAAAUUGACAAAAAUGUGCCAUAACAAGGUGUCAAUCAAUAGUUAAUAUUUAUCUUCAUUUAAUCUGACGUUUACUGUAAAUAUGAGUUAAUGACGUAUGGAAUUGUUAUAUUUUGCUUGUAGAUAUUUAUUUUUAAAAUUCGAUCUUUUGUCAAAUAUCGAGUACAGAGCAUGAUUAUGGGUCCGAGUCAUUGGAAAACAUUAAAUAAAAAUGGCAAGAUAAUGACACCCAGACAAAUGUUUCUUAUUUUUAUUUUUCAUAUUUUGUAAUUAUUUAAUAUAUAUUAAGCAUAUUUCUUUAUAUCACAAUCAUGCACAUACAACACGGUGUGUCGUAAUCGUUUGUGUUAUUUUGAAUUGGAUCUGAAAUGUCCUCCAUAUUAUCACCCGUAUAGAUAAAAGAUCUACAGAACCAUCGAAAUUCAGGCAUAUCAUUUCAUGUACAAUCAUUCGCUUUUUUACCAAGUUCUUGUAUUAGAUUUAGAUCAUCCGUGUUUGCUUGUCAUUGACAUAUUUAUGCAUUUAUUAAGGUGUCCCAUUUUUUUUUACUUGUAUAAUAUUUCAACAAUAUAUUAAGCAUUAAUAACAUUUAUAUCUAUUUAACUUAUUUUAUGUAAUGGCUGUAUAAACGCAUUUGUCAAUCACUUUUUACAUGCUAGAUUCCAGCUUGAGGCAGUUGUUUGUAUAUAAUUGUAUAAUGGUGCAGUUGCGACCAAAACAUGGAAAACUAUACCGACGGACGGCGCCCGUCUAUUAACAGGGUGGUGGAGGGGGGUGUGCAAAGAGAAAUUAUUAUUUGGGAUGUCAUUUUAACAGCAGUUGAAAUACAUGGGUCAUGUAGAUCGAUAACAUUGCCCUUGCUUUUUUGGAUCUUAUUUUUUAUUGUUCUUUUAUGCGUAGUUUUUCUCUCUUUUUCUUCACUUUUUGAAGGAAAAAAAUCACGGGGGGCGGGGGUGCCUCCCGAUAGAACUGUCCUGCCAGAGGAAAGCAUUAUUACGAGUACAUUUUGCAUUUAAUUCUAGCUAUUCUGAAUCAAACAGGAAAAUCAACGCUGGGAUUAAUUAGUAAGUUUUUAUUUAAAAAAAACAGAGAAUUGCGAGAAACAGUUUCAGUUGAUUUUAACGUUGAUAUUCUGAAUUUCUACAUUCAUUUGGUAUUUAUAAAGGUUCAAUGUCUUGUGUAGUUGUCCAGUAUAUUGUUUCCCCAUUUUGAUAUAUCUAUGUGGUUCAUCUCAGGGUUUUUUAUAUAAGUUUUUGGGGAUGAUUAUUUUUAAGAAGUCAUUAAAACUGGUGAUUUAUGAUCGUCCCACCAGAGAUAUUAUUUUAUAUCACUUGUUUGUCUGUACAUUAUGUAUGAAUAUUUCAUCGGAAACUAAUAAAUGAAAUGAAAUAUUUCUCUGACAAA